CUCCAGAAACUCGCCUUUUACUCCAAAAUGCAAGAAGCCCCGGAGAGCGGCAGCAGCGCCAGCGCCAGCAGCUCCUUCUCCGGCCACCCCGCGGCCAGCAUCAAGGAGGAGGACUGCAGCCCCGAGAAGGAGCGACCCCCCGAGGCCGAGUACAUCAACUCCCGCUGCGUCCUCUUCACCUACUUCCAGGGGGACAUCAGCGCCGUGGUGGACGAGCACUUCAGCCGGGCGCUCAGCCAGCCCAGCAGCUUCUCGCUCGGCAGCGCCAAGGCGGCGCGGAACGCCGGCUCCUGGCGGG